AUGAUUCACCACGCCACGGAUCUGAGUGUUGGUACGGGGCAGACGAAGUGGGCCGGGUCGUGGCAGACCGAAGAGUCGCGCAAGGCGAGCCCCGCCCGAGCCGGCAACGAGGGGGCGUGGCUGGAAGGCCGCGUCGCUGCGCCCCUGCGCUCCCACUCCAUCGUCUCGGACGACCCUCGCCACCACCGCUACCUCGUGGUGGUCGUGGACGUGCAGGAGGCGCGUAAGCGCGUGUUCGAGGCCAGUGGGCAGGAGGUCGACACGAGGCCGCACGGCAAGGAGGUGCUCCAGCGCACCGGCUACCUCGUCGCCAACUGGAAGAAGACCGAAGCGCAAGACGAGUACAAGCUCACCAACGACCAGUUGGCCAAGAUCGUGAGCGGCACCGCGGCUGCGCUGCCCAGAGGUUACUGCGACCAGCAGGCCAGUGCGCUGCACCCGCAGGUGGCGGGCCGCUUUGAGUUCUGGGGCGAGCCCACCCUGGUCAAGCCGCUGGACAUCAAGGAGGGAACCCAAGUGAGUCUGCGGACGAAGGGCAACUCGGUGUUCAUCGAGACCAUCGCCAAGAAGGAGGAGAGCGCGCCGGACUACGCCGGCGAGAACGUACAGGGCGGCUGGGGCGCCAAGAUCAUGGGCAUGAAGAGCGAACCGGAAGCGUGGAAGCCGCCCAGCGACUCGCUGCAGGGCGUCGACGAAGACGAAUGGGACGACUGA